AAAGAGCAAUCCGGGUCGGGUAAAACGAGCAAAAUCUAAACGCUGGUUAUUUCUUCUUCUUCCUCUCGCUCUUGCGGCGCCUUGUCUCUCCCAAGCUCGCAGCUCAGACAGAGAUUCCAAUGACCUAAUUGUUUCGUUUCCUAUCGAGACUUUACGCAGACUCUUCUGAGAUUUUAUCUUACACAGUCGGCAUCUACUUGUUUCAUCCAAUUGAUUGCUGUGAAUCAGAAACCCUAAUUUCGUGCGGUCUCAAAAAGUUUGCACACUCUCUCAGAAUCGAGCCAAGGUUUCGUCUAGAAAUUAGGGUUUCUUAGGUUUUUAUGGUGGAGGAUAUUGUUUCGGCCGAUUCGAGGGCUUUCCGUUAGUUUUAAACGGGAGAAGUGAAGAAAAGGCAUCAAUCAAUCGAGAGCAAUUAAGGCGUGAAAUUAGGGUUUCUGAAGUAUAUGUAUGGCUUCGGAACCUGUUAACGUAGGAGAAGGUAUCGAUGGAGCUAGAGAUAAGCAAAGCAUUAAAGUUUAUAAGAGGAAAGGCAAAGGUCAGAGAAAACAGUCACCUUUCUUUGCCUUUGAGGCUAGUGUUGGUGCCAUCGAUAAACCAGAGGGGCAAUUAGAUAACGAGAAUGAUGUGAGUCCUCCUGAAACCCUUGCUCGAGAGUCGGUGGAUCCUAUAUCUGUGGUGAAGAAUUCUGUUGAAGAAGCUGCUCUUGGGACUAACUCUCAGGGAGACAAUGUGGCCACUAUAGCCAAAAACUCAACUGUGCUUGGUGAUGAUUCAGACAAAGUCAUUGACAAGCCUCUUAUCGAAGCAUUUCCUCAAGCCGAACCUCAGGAUGAUACGAGUUUGGUCGCUAUGGAAACGUCUGUCGAAGUACCCUCUCAGAGACACAAAUCUCAAGAUGAUGUGAAUACAGUGGUUGUCGAUGAGAACUCUAUCAAGGAACCUCCUAAAAUCCUUGCCCAGGAAGAUGAUUCUACUGUGAUUGUUGACAAGAACCCUAUUGAAGCACCUUCUCAAACUCUGUCCGUGGAAGAUGGCAAUACUCUUGUUGUCGACAAGAAUCCCAUUGAAGUGUCUUCUGAGGAAGAUGUCCACGUGGUAGAUGCAGAUAAUCUUAUAAAAGAAGCUCAUCCUGAAAACUUUGUGGAAAGAGAUGCCACUGAUGCCCAACAACCCGCAGGGCUUACUUCUGAUUCUGCUCGUGCUACUGCUGCUGGAAGCAUGCCAAUGGAGGAGGACGCAGAUGGACGUAUUAGGAUACAUGUAGCUUCCACAACGAAGCAACAGAAAGAAGAGAUCAGGAAGAAGCUUGAAGAUCAGCUUAGCGUGGUCAGAGGAAUGGUAAAGAAGAUAGAGGAUAAAGAGGGCGAGAUUGGUGCAUAUAACGAUUCUCGUGUUUUGAUUAACACUGGUAUUAAUAAUGGAGGAGGAAGGAUUCUGUCAGGGUUUGCCUCAGCUGGACUUCCUCGUGAAGUCAUCAGAGCACCAAGGCCUGUAAAUCAACUAAGUAUAUCAGUGUUGGAGAAUACUCAGGGAGUCAAUGAGCAUGUGGAAAAGGAGAAAAGAACACCCAAGGCAAAUCAGUUUUAUAGAACUUCAGAGUUUUUACUAGGUGACAAGUUACCACCUGCAGAGAGUAACAAGAAAUCAAAAUCGAGUUCAAAGAAGCAAGGAGGGGACGUUGGGCAUGGUUUUGGUGCAGGGUCUAAAGUUUUCAAGAAUUGCAGUGCUCUGCUUGAAAGGCUGAUGAAGCAUAAGCAUGGUUGGGUGUUCAAUGCUCCAGUAGACGUGAAGGGUCUAGGUUUGCUUGAUUAUUACACCAUUAUCGAGCACCCUAUGGAUUUGGGAACUAUCAAGUCUGCGUUAAUGAAGAAUUUGUACAAGUCACCAAGAGAAUUUGCAGAGGAUGUUAGACUUACUUUCCACAAUGCCAUGACUUACAACCCAGAAGGACAAGAUGUCCAUCUCAUGGCGGUAACACUAUUACAGAUCUUUGAGGAAAGAUGGGCUGUAAUAGAGGCAGAUUAUAAUCGUGAAAUGAGAUUUGUCACUGGUUAUGAAAUGAAUCUUCCAACUCAUACAAUGAGGUCUAGACUGGGUCCUACGAUGCCGCCACCACCUAUUAAUGUGAGGAAUACGAUAGACAGAGCAGACUGGAGUAAUCGUCAACCGACUACAACACCUGGAAGUACACCGACCAGUGCAACACCUUCUGGAAGGACACCUGCUCUGAAGAAGCCGAAGGCAAACGAACCAAAUAAAAGAGAUAUGACGUAUGAGGAGAAGCAGAAGCUUAGUGGCCACUUGCAGAACUUGCCUCCAGAUAAACUAGAUGCAAUUGUACAAAUUGUUAAUAAGAGGAAUACUGCUGUGAAGCUACGGGAUGAAGAAAUUGAAGUCGAUAUUGAUAGUGUUGAUCCAGAGACCCUGUGGGAGUUAGACAGAUUUGUAACCAACUAUAAAAAGGGCUUAAGCAAGAAAAAGAGAAAAGCUGAGCUAGCUAUUCAAGCUAGAGCAGAAGCCGAGAGGAAUAGCCAACAACAGAUGGCUCCAGCACUAGUGGCACAUGAGUUUUCUAGGGAGGGUGGCAACACAGCUAAAAAGACACUUCCUACACCACUACCUUCUCAAAUGGAGAAGCAAAACAAUGAGACAAGCAGAUCAAGUAGUUCAAGCAGUUCUUCCAGUGGUUCCAGCUCUUCUAGUGAUUCGGACAGCGAUAGCUCUUCGUCAUCUGGAUCAGAUCAGACCUAGAAACUAGUGUGUACAAGAGGGACAAAGAUGUAAGGGCGUUAAAAAAGAUGAAGGGUAGAGUAGAAGAGGAUUUGGGAGGUGAAAGAAGGAAGGAUGAUGAAGUACAGACUUGAGGCAAGAGAAGUAUUAGAGGGAGUGGAUGGAAGGAAAAGAUUGUGUAUCAUAUUAAAAUCACUGUUAGAGUAAAAAAGGAAAAAUCUAUUAUUCUUAAUUUUUUUUGUUUUUUUUCUUUUUCUUUUGACAUAGUAGGAAUCUGUGUCUGUCUACAUUUAGAUGUAACCGUAGGGGUUGGGUUUGGUGUCUCACUUUGUAUAUCUCUCUCUGCCUCUCACUUUCUAUGGUCUGUAGCGGUUUAGUUGGGUUGACUGUUUCAUGAUUUAGUGUUAGUUAGGGUGCUUUUGAAUCAAAGAUUCUGGAUUCUUGAAAACUUGUACUAGUUAGUGUAUGCUUUUGUGAGUUUGUCACCCUUUUUUUAGCAUUGUUUUCUUCUUA